AUGAAAGAGCGCCUGGCCUUUAGGAAUUCACAAGCAAAAGCAAGUAGAAUAAUAUCAUUGUGCAUUCUGAUUGCCAAGGACAUGCUGGUGCCCGUGUGCACACUAAUUUGCAGCAUAGCUCUUGGUGUUCUGCUGGUCUGGUCAGCAUUAGAAUUGCAGAAUACUUCAGCUUCCUGCCCGCAAUGCAGUGAAAAUGCUACCUGCUUCAAUAGAACUCACUGUGUUUGUAAAGAAGGAUUCUGGCCAGGCUCUGGGAAUAAAAUAAUUAUUGAGCCACAUGUGAAAUGUGAAGAUAUUGAUGAAUGUUUAUUGGAGCCACUGUGUAAGGAUGUAUCAUACUGUAAAAAUAAGAUCGGGACUUACAUAUGCAGCUGUAUAGUAAGAUAUCCUUGGUUCAACUGGAUAGCUGGGAUUAUUGAUAUUGAUCAUCCUGAUUGUUAUGUGAACAAUGGGAGAAAAACAGAAUCAACAAUGUGCAGUUUGGGAGAACUGAGUGAAUGUGAAACCAAAGAGGAUGCUGCAAAAGAGGCUACCAAGUUUCUUCACCAAGUGGAACUCCACAUACUGAAUGAAAACUCAGCUACACCAACAAAGGGUGAAAACUCUAUAUUUGUGUAUGAAACUAAGAAGUGCAACAGAAUGGCUCUUCUGGAAGCUGGCAAUAACACAAUGAAGAUUGACUGCACUCUUGCUUUCAAAGAAAACAAGACUAGAGAUGAUACUGCUGUUGCUCUUAUUACAUAUAAGUCUCUUGGAAAUAUUCUAAAUGGAUCCUUUUUUAAUAACAAAGAAGGAAUUCGGGAAGUAAAACUGAAUUCUCUUAUUGUUAGUGGUGCCAUUUGUUCAGAAACCAAACCUAUCCUGUCUGAACCUGUGCUCCUGACUUUACAAAAUAUUCAGCCCAUUGACUCAAGAGCAGAACAUCUCUGUGUCCACUGGGAAGGAUCAGAGGAAGGGGGAAGCUGGUCUACUAAGGGAUGCUCUCAUGUGCACACCAAUGACUCCUAUACCACUUGCAAGUGUUUUCACCUGUCCAGCUUUGCUGUGCUUAUGGCUCUAUCUCUUAAGGAGGACUCUGUGCUGUCAGCACUCUCUGUGAUCACCUAUGUGGGACUGAGUUUUUCUCUCUUCUGCCUGUUCCUGGCUGCCAUCACCUUUCUCCUGUGCCGACCCAUCCAGAAUAUCAGCACCACCCUCCACCUGCAGCUCUCCAUCUGCCUUUUUCUGGCCUACCUCCUUUUUCUCACAGGCAUCAAUAGAACUGAGCCUGAGGUGCUGUGCUCCAUCACUGCAGCAAUGUUGCACUACCUCUACUUGGCUUCCUUCAUGUGGAUGUUUCUGGAAGGGCUACACCUCUUUCUCACUGUGAGCAAUCUCAAAGUGGCCAACUACAGCAGCUCAGGCAGAUUCAAGAAGAGAUUUAUGUAUCCUGUAGGCUACGGGAUCCCUGUCUUUAUUGUUGCUGUGUCUGCAAUAGCAGGGCACAGGAAUUAUGGAACACACACCCACUGCUGGCUCAGCCUUCAUAAUGGAUUCAUCUGGAGCUUCUUGGGGCCAGUGGCAGUCAUUAUCUUGAUAAACCUGGUGUUCUACUGUCAAAUCAUAUGGAUUUUGAGAAGCAAACUUUCUUCCCUCAAUAAGGAAGUUUCUACUCUUCAGGACACAAAGAUUAUGACAUUUAAAGCCAUUGCUCAACUAUUUGUAUUGGGAUGUUCUUGGGGCAUUGGCUUAUUUAUGUCCAUUGAAGUUGGGAAGACAUUGAGAUUGAUCAUUGCCUAUCUGUUCACCAUCAUUAAUGUCCUGCAGGGGGUUUUGAUAUUUGUGGUACACUGUCUGCUUAAUCGCCAGGUACGAAUGGAAUAUAAAAAGUGGUUUCAUAAGAUACAGAAAGGGGUAGAAAUUGAAAGCACUGAGAUGUCUCAAUCUACUACCCACACCAAAAUGUGAAAUGUAUUAUCUAUAAAAUUACAUGAAAUGUGAAAAUGAAAAGAAA